AUGACGACAAAUCAUCAAUUUUGCAGUAUAUGUGACCAACGCCAUCUCACUAAGCCUUCAACUGACUGGUGUUCCGAAUGUAACCAAGCUAUAUGUACCGAAUGUAAAGAUCUCCAUGCAAUUAUUAAAGCUUUACAACAUCAUCCUUUAAUACCAAUAGCAAACUACCUAUCUCUUGGUACCUCUUUUUCUUUAGUUGAGGGACAUUGUUCCUUACACGACGACAAAUAUCAAUUGUUUUGUCAAUCACAUGACUGUUUCCUCUGUCUUACGUGUUUAGAAGAACACAUGACUUGUGAGAAUGUGAUUCGUAUCAGUAAGGUAACCAAAGAUGUAAAAACGUCUGAAAAUGUUAUAGAAGCUAAGAAGGGUGUAUCGGAGAUUGUACUAAAGUUUUCGAAAUUACAAAGUCAGAUUGAAGAUAACUUAAGGGAUAUCAAGACACAGAAAGAAUCAGUACUUCGAGAAAUAACUCAGAUUAGAGAAAAGAUGAAUAACCAUCUGAAUCAAAUUGAAAGCGCUUUGAAAACAGAACUAUGUGAAAUAAUGGAUGAUCAGUGCCUCCGUAAUAUUGAAAUGACUUUACAAGAGGUUAUAAAGGAGAAAGCGAAUGUUGAACAUUUCCAUCAGCAAGUGGAAGACCUCUAUAAAUAUGGAUCAGAUCUACAAACGUUCUUUGGCUUGCAAAAGAUAAUUGCAAAAACUGCCACCGCAAAUCAGUACUUGCAGACAUUCGCGGACGAUGGUAGAGCAGAUCAAGUGACAUUUACCUGUAAAAUUAAUAAGCAAAUAUCAGACUUUUUUGAAGAUGUAAAGAGUUUUGGAUCAAUUCAAUUACAGGAAAUUCCGAGUCAGAUUACAUUGGAAACUGCAAAGGAUAAAGAUGCACAGUUGGUUGGUUCGGGUAACAAAUCUAUAAGUGAUAUCAAACUCAGUUUGGUUAAUACUAUCAAUUUAAGUGGAGAAUUUACUGGAUGUUGUAUUCUCCCAGAUGAAAAGAUUGUGCUUUGUGAUUGUAAAAAUAACAGUGACUGUAUACAAUUAUUGCAUCCACAUGGAGAACUCAUUUUUAAAAUCCCCACAGCAUCCAGCUUUCAUUCAGAUGUUACAUAUAUUGAUAACCAAAUCGUAGCUGUAUCAUCAGAUGUCCAACAGCAAGUACAUGUCAUAAACGUGGAUACAAAAUCCAUAAGAUCCAUGCCAACCCCUGAUUCAUGUUAUGGAACAACGCACAAAGAGGGAUCACUGCUAUGUUGUAUUCAAGGGAAAGGCAUCCAAAGUAUCAAUCUUGGAAGUGAGAAAAGUACUACGAUUGUAAACUGUAAUCUGAGUCCAUUGUCUUCUAUUACUUUUGUCGACAAAAGAAUAUUUUAUACUAAUCAAAAAAGAAAUAGUGUGACUUGCUGUGAUAUGGACACGGGUAAUAUUAUCUGGACAUUUAGAAACGCAUCUGUUGUGAAGGAUUUUCGUAGAAUUGCAGUUGACAAUGUUGGAAAUGUUUACAUUGCUUGUUACAGUCAAAAUAAACUCGUUGUAUUGUCUGCCGACGGACAACAUCAUAGGCAACUGCUAUCGGAAAAAGAUGGACUUCUUAAACCUUAUGCUAUUUGUUAUGACAAAACCAAAAAUCGUCUCCUGAUUUUUAAUCGAAAAAAUACCGGGUUUUUGUUUGAUGUGUCAUAA